GUAACAAUGGCUCUCGACUCGUCAAAGUUUCUGAAAUGUUACGGCUAUGAUAUGCUUUUGGGUUCAAUAGCUGCAUUUUACGUUAUUACCGUUCCAUACACAAAAGUUGAAGAGAGCUUCAACGUCCAGGCAAUGCAUGAUAUCCUAUAUCACCGACAUCACUUGGACAAUUAUGAUCAUUUGGAGUUCCCUGGGGUGGUUCCUCGCACUUUCAUUGGCGCCUUGCUUGUAUCAAGUUUGGCAUCCCCUGUUAUACUACUACUCAACUUGUUGCACGUGCCAAAGCUUUAUGGCCUCGUCGCAGUUCGUCUCGCCCUAGGUUGCAUCAUAUUAUCUACCUUACGACUUUUCCGGCUUCAGGUCAGAGAUAAGUUUGGACAUCAAGUGGAAGCGUUCUUUGUAAUACUGACUGCACUUCAGUUUCACUUGCUGUUCUAUUGUACUCGUCCACUGCCAAAUAUACUAGCUUUGGGUGUAGUUAACUUGGCAUAUGCAUUUUGGCUCAAGGGGAAGGUUUAUGCGGCUUUAAAUUGUCUGAUUUUUGCUACAAUUGUCUUUAGGUGUGAUAUCCUCUUACUUCUUGGCCCUCUCGGCCUGGAACUUUUGUUGACUAAAUCAAUUUCGCUGUGGGAAACACUGAAAUGCUGCUUUUGGUUUGCUCUGUUCUGCAUAGGCCUUACUGUAUUGAUUGAUUCAAUUAUGUGGAGAAGGUUAUUGUGGCCUGAAUUUGAAGUUUUCUGGUUCAACUCUGUUCUGAAUCGAAGCUCUGAGUGGGGUACGCAUACAUUUCACUGGUACUUCACAUCAGCACUCCCCCGCUCCUUGCUAGCUGCUUUCCCUCUUUUUAUGCUUGGUGUCUUACUUGACAGAAGGGUUCUAUUAUUCGUUCUUCCUGUUUUAUCUUUUGUCUUACUUUACUCAAAGCUACCCCACAAGGAGCUCCGUUUUAUUAUCAGCUCUGUUCCAGUCUUCAACUUAUCUGCUGCAAUUGCCGCUAGUAGAAUCUAUAACAACAGGAAAAAAGCUUUCUGGAAGUUGCUCUACUUUAUGAUGCCCGGGUUACUUUUAAUCAGUCUAGGUUGCACCACCAUAACCUUCAUGGCAUCCUAUGAGAAUUACCCCAGUGGUCAUGCUUUGAAAAGUUUGCAUCAACUUGGUCAUCUUGCUAACCGCACAAGGGAACAAUGGGUACAUAUUGACACAUUUUCAGCCAUGAGUGGAAUAUCACGCUUUUGUGAAAAUGAUUUUCCAUGGAGGUAUUCUAAAGAGGAAGGAAUUCCUGAAGGAGAACUAUGCCUGAGAAAGUUCACCUACCUCAUAACUGAACAUCCUACCGUCCAUGGAUUCAAGUGUCUAUUCACUGUUGAUGGAUUCUCAAAAGUUCGUCUCCAAUACGGCAUUACACCCAUUUCACUGGUCCGAAAGCCCAAAGUCUAUGUUCUUGGAAAUACACGAAACGAAGAUGUCAUGCAUAGAAACUGGCCGGGAUGCUCGUGAAACUUGUGUGAUAAGAUAACAUAAAACAUCAUACCAUUUACUGUGGUAGGUGAUUAAAUUGCCCUGAAGUGUGGAAUCAACCUAUCAAUGUCAUUUGCCUCUCAAAAACCAGAUUACUUUUAUGGGAAAAGCAUUCCACAUUGUUGCCAGCAUAAUUUUGCUCAAG